AUGGAUAUGUCGCCUGACGCCCUGCUGCUCAUCUUCAUUUACGCAACCGAUCCAAGCCCACAAUUACCAGCCGUAUCCCAAGUAUGUCGGCCUUGGCGGGCCGUUUCUUUAUCCAUACCCUCACUCUGGACCCACAUCUCCCUCGACCUUCGGCGCAAGACCUCACGUUCGAAAGGUUUCCUCUCCUUCCUCUCCACCCUCCUCGCUCGCUCAGAGAACGCGCCGCUUGUCGUCUGGAUUGCCGUGUCCGACUCCAGGCACCCCGCACUCGACACCCUUGUACGCCAUUCCAAUCGAUGGCGGACAGCUGCAAUGCACGCUCCUGUGGGCGUGAUCAGCACGUUGCGGGGAGUACGAGGACGCCUGGAGUGCUUGGAGACCCUGGAGCUGACGGUGGGCGCUGCUUCUGACGCUACGGAAAGCGUGGUUUAUGACAUGUUUCAAUUUGCGCCGAGCCUCCACAAGGUGUGCAUUCGCAGCGAACGCCCCGUGGUGUUCGUCCUUCCAUGGGCGCAGUUGACCCACUACGAUGAUGCUCAAGGAGGGCACGGCGAUGUGAUAGCGUCCCUAACCUCUAUCAAGGAGUUACGUACGACAUGGCGGGCGCCUAAUUCUUCUAACGACACUCUUAUGACACUUAACGACCUCGACAAACUCGAUAUCACCUUCUUUUACCUCUCUCAUCGCGAUUUCUUCGAACGGUUGGUGCUACCAAACGUGAAGGAAAUAAUCAUCAAGGACCACGCCGGCACUCCUGUAUUACCCCUUACCGCCAUGCUAUCCCGAUCUCCGUCUCCGAUCCUCCUCCAGAAAUUGACCUUCCACACUGAAUUCAACAAACCCGGCCAAUUGACAUCGCUUCUCCAACUCGUACCACAUCUGCAAGAACUCAACAUCUGCUUGCCCCCCAUUGACGACCUGACCAAUUUCAUAUACUUCUCCGAACAGAGCCAGCUGGUCCCUAAUCUUCAGAAACUCCGCUUCGUCGCAAAUUCUGUCCGUGAGAGCAGCGCCAUUCUUCGUCCGCUUGCAUUUACGCGGUGCGAGUGGGAAGGCGAUGAUUUAUGGAAUGAGUACGACAUUAAGCCGCCACAGCGAACUACGCUGCUCAGCUCGUUCGUCAUUGCCUUUCGGGAGCCGCAGAUCCAUUGCGAGGAGAGGGAAUACCUGGAGGUUCCUCGUCCUAUUCUGGACGGAGCGGCCGAUAAGGAGUGUCUGAACCUCUUGUGGUACUGGCGCCAACAGAUUUUAGAUGCAAUGCCUUGGAUUGCCGAAGCAACCGUUGAGCGCAAGCGAUCUUUGACUGCGCGGCAGCUCCGCUUCCUCGACAGGAUGUUCUCUUCAGUCGAACAUUUCAACCCAACCAAUGUUCAGCACCUUCAUACCACUCGUCUUCAUUUGACUUUGGAUCUCCUCAGGAGUUAUCGACCGUCGCAUAUUCCAGGAAAUAAGAAAUAUCACUUUCAACGUCGGGCUGACAAGAUCUUGGAACGUUGGUCACCUCUCCUCCUCAGCGACAUCGAGAACCGUCAAUGGGCGCUGCAAGGCCACGACACUCUCGUUUACAUUCCGUUGGGUGACCAAGACGCGGUCGAUCAAAACGGUCUCGCAAGGUACGAAGCCAGCGGUUGGGGAACCAUAAACGAUGAUUCGACGAUAGCACCAUGGCUGGAUCUUCCGCCUACACCUCCCCCGAAAUCAGCCACACAUUCCAAGUUCAGCAGCUCGUCGAAAACACUAGGUUUCGGCCCGAAAGCUUCGUUUGCAUCAUUGGUGUCGCUGGGGCAGAGCAGCUCGCGGAAUGGACAAUCCCAAAGCACCCUUCACCUACCCGAGUCAAAACGACGCUCAGCCGAUGACGGCGACUCCUCAAGAACCCUUGUCUACAGCGGCUCUUCGACUAACUCUGGCGAAAUCCGCAAGGCCAAAUCUUCCAUAUUUUCCAAGCUUAAAUCUCGGCCAAGCAAAGCACAUCUACGCAACGAUUCGGACGAUGCAGUGCACCCAUCUCUCCUUCCCCCUGUACCCCCUCUGCCAGCCGAACGGGGGAUGAACAACCUCCUGAAUACCUUCGUAUCACCAUCACUUUCGGCGCCUCCAGGAAAGAAGGACAAGAAAGGGAAGAAGAAAUCCAAUGGCCAUGUUCCACCGACCCCGCCCCCAAAGGGCGAAGAAGAAUUCAAAAUCGACCUUGACUUCGAACACAUGGACGGGAUCGUGAACAUGAACCUGGCAUCGACGUCAGGGCCCUCGCGGGACCCAAGCUCACCGAGCAGCGGAUUCGACUCAGCACACAGCUAUUCCGACCACAGCUCGCACCACCAGCACACGUACAGUUUUCUGCCGCCGUCAGAGUUUAGCGACCCCUUCUCGACCACUUCACUGCAAGACAAACGUAAGGGCAUCAUGCCUGGAGUUGAUUUUCGCAGAGUAUCGCCAAAGACACCCAUGCCUCCACGGCCAACUGCGUCCACGUCGUCCGGUCCCGGAAGUCCCACUUGGGUCGCCCCAGAGAGUUGGGCAGUGGAAAAGGGGACAGAGGACCCGUACAACUCUACGACCAAUGGAGACGUCUCCGAAGUGCACGACUCCGACUCAGAUUUGAGCAACGAAGGAGCCUUGAUCCCGAUAGGACGGCGAAGAGAGGACUCUCUCCGACCGAACGGCAAGAGCAAGGACCCCGCGUCAGCGUCAUUCUCGUCAAUAUCGUCGACCAUGACGGUUAAGAGGGUGUCACGACCAUCAUUACGCGGGCUACCUCAACAGCCCCCUCCAGGUUUCUCGUACAAGAUGCGCAUACAUCGGCAGAAUAACACCUAUCACGUAGUCGCCAUCGGCCUGGAUACGACAGUGGCUAUGUUCAGUCAGAAGUUGAGCAAGAAGUUGAAGCCGGAAGAGGAUCGCGUCCAGCACAACUUGUACAUGAAGGAACAAGGAAGAGAGCGAAUAUUGGGUCAGAACGAAUGUCCAGCGCAGAUCGUCAAGCUGAGGAUGGAACAGGCUGGGUACGACUUUGAGGAUGGGCUACAUUUGCUAGGGGCAGAGAGUUUAGGAAUUUUGCUACGCUUCGUAUAUAAAAGCCAGCUUCUUGCAGGGGAGGAACAAAUCCCAUUCGACACCUUUGCCUUCGUGGAUUUGUCUGGCCGAGGACUCCGUACAAUACCGGUCAUCCUACACCAACACGCCGAUUCCAUUAUAUCCCUCCGCCUUUCGCGAAACCCCAUGCUCGAAAUUCCCCUCGACUUCAUUCAAUCAUGUACAACUCUCCGCGAGCUCCGCCUAACGCACAUGUACAUGAAGAAAGUGCCUCAAAGCCUUCGAUACUCCACCACCUUACACCGCCUUGACCUUUCCUCCAAUUGCAUCAAAGACCUUGAAGAAGCCUAUCUGGACCAUAUCCAAGGUCUCCUCGCCCUCAUUGUGCAAAACAAUCGGCUCGAGAAGUUACCAUGGCACUUCCCUCGUCUACGAUCCUUGGUCACUUUGAACAUCUCCAACAACAAGUUCCGCAAAUUUCCUUCCGUCCUAAUCAGCAUGGAGAACCUCCGCGAACUCGACAUCUCGUUCAACAUGAUCACAGAACUGCCCGACGACAUUGGUCGCCUUAAGACGCUCGAACGGUUUAUUCUUGUCGGAAAUCAAAUAUCCAAGUUCCCCGAUGACUGUUCUGGUUUGGUUAGUCUGCGAAUGCUGGAUUGCAGACGCAACCAGAUCUCGGACUUGUCAUCCGUGUGCAUGCUACCGCAGCUCAACAGUCUCAGCGCGGACCACAACAUGGUGCACGCCUUGGAUCUAUCGCUCGGAGCACAUUUGACAACUUUGGAUGCUUCACACAACGACAUUACACAACUGUCGCUUGUGCCGGGUCCUAUGGGCAAGCUGCCAUACGCGUUGACCUCGUUGGACCUCUCCUACGCCAAACUGUCGUCUUUGGACGAUCUCGCCCUCAGUCAGCUAUCGUCGCUGCGUACACUCAAACUCGACCACAACUCAAUUCGCUCGAUACCUGAGAGCCUUGGCGAGCUCAAGUGGCUCGAAACAUUGUCAUGUACUGACAACAAACUCGACGCCCUGCCGUCGAAUAUCGGCAAUCUCCAGCGACUGGAGGUGCUCGACGCGCACAACAACAGCCUAACAGAGCUACCUCAAUCAUUGUGGAACUGUGCCAGCCUGAUGAAGAUCAAUGUCACUUCGAACUUCCUCGGCGGCUGGCACGACCCUCCUGUCAUGUCAAUGCAGGAGUCGCCAGUUGUUGAAACCGACCUCGCAUUCAUCGACAUGGGUAGGAAGACAUCGACAGCUUCGAUCACAUCGACUCGGAACCUACCGCCGCUCGUGCAUUCUCUCGACAAGCUCUACCUCGGAGAGAAUUGCUUCACGGACAACGUCAUUCAUCCGUUGAUGAUCUUCAAGGAGCUCAAAGUGCUUAAUUUGUCGUUCAACGAAAUUCAAGACCUACCCCCGAACUUCUUCCGGAACAUGACGCAACUUGAAGAGCUUUACCUUAGUGGCAAUAAGCUGACGAGCAUCCCUGUUGAAGACUUCCCAAGGCUGACGAAACUGACAACGUUGUACCUCAAUGGGAACAAGUUGCAUACCCUCCCACAAGAGCUCGGCAAAGUUUACAACUUGACGAUCUUGGAUGUAGGCAGCAACGUCUUGAAGUAUAAUAUCAACAAUUGGGAGUUCGAUUGGAAUUGGAACUUCAAUACGAACUUGAAGUACCUUAACCUAUCAGGGAACAAGCGUCUGGUAAUCAAGGCGGAAGGAAAGCGUCCACACGAGGUUGCAUCUUCGAGGAUGAGCCGCUAUCUAGAUGGACCCGAGCUUUCCACACCUAUGCUCUCAGGCUUCACCAAUUUGACGCAGCUGAAGGUUCUCGGUCUCAUGGAUGUGACGAUUACAACCACUGCCAAGGAUGCCUCAGUCGACAUCCCUGACGAGAAUGCCGAUCGUCGAGUUAGGACCUCGUCGUCUUCGAUCUGCGGGAUGGGGUAUGGUAUUGCCGAUUCCUUAGGCAAGGACGACCAUCUUACGAUGCUCGAUCUCGUCUAUGAGCCUCCUUUGCAGAAGAGCGAGGGCGAGGUCGUCUUCGCCAUGUUCGGUCGAACGCACCCCUCCAAGCACAUCAAGCCCGGCUCGAGCCCGAAUAAACUGGCGAAAUACAUCCACAGCAGUUUCAUGCGGGUGUUUAUGACUCAGUUGGGUGCGGUCUAUGACAAGCAGGCAAGAGAAGGGGUUCCGGAGGAACUACGGAGAGAAGGGAUUCCCAAAGCACUACAUUGGACAUUCCUCAAGCUCAACCAAGACCUCCGUGAAUCGCUGCACCAUGCUCCGAGGAAGAAUUCUCAGGCGAGCACCACCACCCAGCAGGGUGCGGAUGCACAAUAUACCCGUACGGGCGUUUCUGGCAUAGCCUUAUACUUCUUCGAAAAGACCAUUUUUGCGGCAAACGUCGGUGAUGCGCUGGCGGUUGUUUCACGGCAGGGCGUAUGCCACGAGAUUUCGAGGAAGCACGACCCUUACGACCGUUUGGAGACCGCUCGAAUACGUGCCGCGGAGGGAUUUGUCUCGCCACCUGGGUUGGUCAACGACGAUGUAGAUGUCUCACGGGCCUUCGGGUACUACCAACACUUCCCUCCAAUCAACGCCCGCCCGGACAUUUUCGUUUAUGACCUAACCGACAUGGACGAGUUCGUCAUCGUUGCGAAUAGCGGUCUGUGGGAUUUCGUCCCUUUUCAGACGGCGGUCGACAUUGCACGAACGGUUAUGAGGACAGAACGACCUGAUCCUAUGUUGGCUGCCCAAAAACUGCGCGACUUCGCUAUUAGCUACGGGUCCGAGGGCACGACGAUGAUCAUGGUUAUUUGGGUUGCCGAUCGUGUUAACGCCAGUCGAUCUCGCCAACCAACACUCGACUCCAUCGUCGACCCCCAGGCCUAUCGUGCAAGAAGGAAGGAUGAGGUGCGGGAUAAGAUCAUCAACCGGCUUAAUGGAGAAGUGCCACCACCCAUUGGGCAUGUCACGCUCGCUUUCACCGAUAUUCGAAACUCGACACACCUUUGGGAAGUCAACCCAGGAAUGCCCACAGCCAUGCGCCUGCAUAAUCAUCUGCUUCGACGCCAGCUCCGGUUUUGUGGAGGAUACGAGGUGAAAACUGAAGGAGAUGCCUUCAUGUGCUCUUUUCCGACAGCGCUUGCCGCCGUUUGGUGGUGCCUCUCUGUUCAGGUUGAACUCCUUCAAGAGCAGUGGCCUCUCGAAAUCCUCGAGUGUGAAGAUGGCAAGCCCAUUUACGACGAAGACGGCCGUCUCAUCGCCCGUGGUCUCUCUGUCCGCAUGGGUAUCCAUAGCGGCAUGCCAGUAUGCGAGACGGACGUCAUCACCCGUCGGAUGGAUUACUUCGGACCUAUGGUUAAUCGCUCAGCCCGGAUCAACGGCUGCGCACAGGGCGGCCAGAUUAUGUGCAGUAACGACAUCAUCCGCGAAAUCAACGCGAAGGUGAAGGAGAUUGAGGAAGAGACCGAGUAUUCGAAGCUCCAGAGCCCUCAGGCUGUCGAAGCCAUCCGCAGACUAGACCCCGUUAUCAUCCCUAUAGGCGAAGUGAAGCUCAAGGGCAUUGAGCUGCCAGAAGUUCUCUCAGCCAUCUAUCCUGCGGGGUUGCAAGGGCGGCACGAGUUGAAGGACGUUCCUUCUGACACUACGGCUUCGGGAUCGCGUGUGCAGUUCAGUAGCGCCCAGAUGCGAGAGCUGGGGGUUCUGUGCUUGCGCAUCGAAGCACUCUCAUCUGGGCGUAUCUUCAAGGCACUGCCAGAUCGCAAAGGGAGUAUCCAGUCAAACCCGGAGUUCGAAGAGCGGGAAGAUUCUUCGUCGAUAUUCUAUGGCGAUCCGAACAUCCUGCUUCCUCCUGUAACCGACCUUUCUACCGAUUCCGACCUGAUGAGCGUACUCGAUUCGCUCAUUCUCCGCAUUGAAAACGCCAUCGCCUCCAUCGCCCAACGGUAUCAACUCCCAUCGUCGAAGUCCUCUGAAAACCCUUCCGAGUCACUGCUGGAUGCUCUGAACGAGGAUGGCGUCCUCGACGAGGAGACUAUUGAGUAUAUUGCGUCCAUUUUACGACGUCGCUAG